GGUCGUGCCCAAAAUUAUUACGAUCUUUACUCAAACAACGAAGUACACAAAACGAGGAAUGAUGGCGUUAGUGGUAAGGGUGUUAACUGAUACAGGAUACAUUCAAUAAUAUAGUACAUGUGAAUUUCUUUAUUUUUUUAGUGAAGUGGAAGUGGACAAUUGUUGUAGUGUUUAGUAUAAUAUUCAUCCCUGGGUAUUGUUAUUCAUGACAUCAUUAUAAGGUACGGGGAAUCAAUCUGACCUGGGACAAGCCCAAGACAGACUUAGUCUGGAAACCGACUCAUUACUCGCUCGGGAGGGCGGGUGGGUCGCCAAUCGCCCUUCGUGUCGGACACAAUGAAGUGAAUGGGACAAAGCGUACCAGUUUUUUCCUUUAUCUAUACUCAGUUUCAUAUCAUAAUUAAUCCCCAGGGAUGAUAUUUAGAAUUCAAAUGGGGCGUGAAUAGCAAACAAUUUUAUAAAUAGCCUCGCGAAGCCUCGCGGCUUGUUCAUAUCACUAGAAAUAGGAGCAGUAACUGUCAUUCACGUUCGAGCUAGCCAAUCAGAGCGCAAGUGACAAUACAUCAGUUCCACAGAUGAGAUCUGUAAAAAAAAAAAACGUCCGAAAAUAGCCUGGGGAAAAAAACGAAGCGGCAUAAGUAUAUUUUCGACCGGAGCGGCCCCCGGAUUCUCGAUUACUUGCUGUGGACAGUUAAAAACAAUAAUGCGAAGUUGUUAACAGUUGUGAUCGCAGAACUUUUGAAUUGCGUGCUUUUGUUGAAAACUUUCGGUUACUAAUACCACGAGUGCUUUAACAGUUAAGCCUCAUUAACAGUCUACCUAAGAGACAGAUCAGAAGAAAAAAAUCAUGUGGGGGGUGGGAGGGGGGGUGCGAAGCUUAAGAAAAUAUAUUCGUGCAAGGGAAAAGUAAAAAUUCUCGCGGCUCCAAAAAUCCCGACCCCCCCAUAACAUUCUUAGUGGUCCGUCCCUAAGAACGCGUUAGGUGGUUGCUCAGUGCUCAGAUUCAUCUAAAUCAUAAAAAGGCAAACUGAUCCUUACGGAAAGGCGAUGAAGAAAUAAACAAAAGAAUAAAACAAAAAAGUAUAUAUUUUUUAAAAAACUGGCGCAAUAUUUCUAGUUAAAAACAAACCUUCUUCAGGGGCUAAAAGAAAAAUGAAGAUAAAACUAAAAGUUCGUUACAGAUAAGAGUUUGAAAAUAUGAAAAUAAAGACAAUAGAUUGUUAUUGGUGUAGUAGACUAGGUGGCACCAUUUAUCAGUGAGCUUCGUCACGCCUAUUUAUUCCUAGAGGAGAUAAAUGGGUUCCCUUUGUGUAUUAAAUGAGCCUCCCUAGCCUUUCUCACUGCAUCAUGGUAGCUGCGUACGUUGAUCUUCGCUCGAGUUAUUUAUUUAAUGCUUCUCUUUUUUUCAGCUCUCUCGUCAUCUGACACCCCUCAGUUUAAAGACUCGAGCACUAAAAUUGCAGUAACAAGUAAAUAUGCCAGUAUUAUUGGUCACCCAGUUUCACCUGCGCCGACUAGGGUCCCCACAGUGGUAGUGGUUGCAGCGCUGGUAGCAGCUUUUAUAACAGCCCUUGUAAUGUCGCUGAUACACCUUGUUCGAAAGAGGUAUUAAAGAAGCUUUACUCUUUACAGAGGCUCUUCUGCAACAUCCAUUGGUAUAUUAUGCAUCUCUUAAAAACAAAACUGAAUGCAAGGAUGGCAAUACGACAAAGGGCUGAUUUAUUUGAGUUCAAUAUUUCGGCUAACAAAAUUAGCCUUCCACAGGGCCAGAGCUCUCAGUGUAGCUCUGGUCCUGAGGAAGGCUAAUUUUGUUAGCCGAAAUAUUGGCUUCAAAUAAAUCAGUCCUUUGCCGUAUCACCAGCCUUGAAGUCAGUUUUGGUUUAAUUCCCACUUCAAGCGACGCCUGGCAUUAACAUCUCUACAUCAUGGAUUCGGUAAGAAAGAACCGAAUCGGUUUUAAUUAAGCGUUGAGUGGACCUCUGAAUGCCAAGGUUUUUACUACAUGCAUCUCCUACUCAUUCAGCGGGCUCUUUUCUGCUUUGAAUUGUUGUCAUUAAUUACCAUCUCCGCCACAACCCCGGCCUUGCGUGUUCGCCCUGAGCUUAACAUUUUCUUAUUCUGGCUGAUUGGCGAAAUCGCUGACCUUUAACGGAGUUUUUAGUUUAUUUAUCGCUGGCGAGCUUUAGCGAGGCAGCAAAAAAGCUCGCCAGCACACUAUUGAGAGGAUCCGUGGUGUUACUUACAUCUAAGCGGUGAAAUCUUUUUUGGAUGUCAGAUUCAUGCGCAAUAUCGUUCUUUCAUUUUUUGUCGUCGCAAUCAAUGAUGCAUUGACCGAGAAGGCCUGGGAAGACGUCCUACAGAGACUAUGAAAGGUUAUCCUAACCAAGCUUUGAACAACCCGUCCCAUAGGUUUCCUGGUAUCUGGACUUCAUGCCUGCAACACAACGUCCUGUCGGGUAGUGUGCAAUAUAUUAACAAUAGAGUUUUCAUUUUUUUUUCCUCCACAGAAAACGUUCAUUAUUACAAAAAGAAUUUGCUAUGACAACGGCCGAUGUUGUACUAUCAAGUACUGCUUUAAGAAAUGACCCUUACAGAAGGUAAUUAUACCGGUUGUGUGAGAAGUGGCAUACCCUGCGAGCAGAGGCUAUAUUUUCGCUGUGUGAGCAGGCGUGCGAAAAGUAGCCUCUGCCGAAGACCGUUCAAUUUUCUAUCGUGCAUGCGCGAAAUUCGUCACACUAUUCGCAAGCAAAAUUAAUCGUCACUGUCUGUCGUCAAAUGGCGCGAGUUUCGCGGGAAUAAAAAAGUUGCGACAACUCUGAUCUGCUACACAAGAAUCACGCAAUGCCUUAAACCGGUUAAGAACAGGAAAAAAAACCGUUUUUUCAAUUUAUUCGUCCAGAUUUCUUGACGGAUCUGAGCCGUUGCCGGCAGAGGCUACUUUUCGCACGACAGCUCACACCGCGAAAAUGUAGCCUCUGCUCGGAGGGUAGAAGUUGCAUUAGUUGUAUGAGGAAAAAAAGAACAUAAACAUGUACAUACACAACACAGCACAGUGGAGCAUGGCAGUAAUCCUGUCAAUAAACCAAAUAUCUUGUUCUUAGCAUGUCCCGACGCAGUUCGUAUGAAUCAUUUAGCAUUCCAAUGCCUGAUGGACCUGGCCAAACCAAACCUUCUAUUGCUUCAAAAAUAUCUGUGACGUCAUCAUCAGGAAGUACUACCUAACUUAAGUAAUGGUAAGUUGUGCAACUACUAGUGAACACAAAUCUGUCGCUGCAAACAAAGUUAGGGUUUCUAUGAUCAAGGAAAAGAUAGGGAAAUACAAAAAAAAAAAAAGAUAUCAACUUAGGGUCAUACCAGGGAAAAUUUUAUCCUAGCUCCAGAGGUCUGUUAUGGUAAUAUUGGCUAUGAUCAGAAACCCAUAAGGGGUUGCUCAACCCCUUAUGAGUUUCUGCUAUGAUAAAAUAACCGUUGGUAUUCUGUAAAAUAAGCUUCUAUUUUUACAUGUCAUAUAAAAGAUCACAACAACUUCUAUUAAGUCAAGGAAUUUUUGAAUAAUCAGGGAAAGAAAUGCUUGGUUCUUAUAGGCAAAGCCAGUGAAAAGUAGGGUUCGUGAAGGUUAUAAAAAGGCUUUUUUCGGAAAGGGAAAAAAGUUGAUUGAUUCUAAUGUAUUCAUAUUUCGUAUAGAUAAAGAAAAAAAGAUAAGUGAAAACCAUCAGAAAAUUCAAAAUGUAGGCAGGAGUAUUCAUGGCCAAGAGAUGAGCAAACGAUACGUCAGAGAGGUCAAAAGUCAAGGAGAUUGUUCUUUUAGUUCUGAAAGCCAGAUAACGUACUUAUUGACUAAAAGAACAUUAAAAAAAUGUUUCCACCAUCUGUCCUCCAAGAAUCGUCAUGUUGAUCGAUAAUGAUGAUAAACGUACGUUGUGACUGUUGUCCAGAAAGGCGACUGCUUACGUUUAGGUUAACAACAAUGUCCAAUUUACACAAUUAAUUUCUUUUAUCUUUCAGGAAAAACUGAAACCAUGGCGUGUUUAGCGAUUGUGGAGAACCAUGCAUGA